GAAGCCAAAUGUUUUCAAGGGAAAACCCCCCAAGAAAGUCCAGUUGCCUUUUGGAAAAGCACCUUUGGAACAACUAUGACCUGGAUGAUUGAAAAUUUCUAGACACUCUGAAGUUGGUUAUACUGUGCAUGACUAAUUCAAAGUCACUGGUAUGCUUUUCGGCUUGAAUCUGGAUGAGUUUGCAUAUAAACACACACACAUUUUUAUGUUCAUGUAACAAAUUGGAUUCUUACAGAUUAUGCUAAGACACAGUAUGAUUUUAUUUUACAUAUUGUGUAGAGUCUGAAGCCAUUACACAUAUUAAAACAUUCUGCACCAUAAACCUAGUUAAUAAAUUGCAACAUUUAAGCUAAAACCAAACAUCACAUUAAGAGUUAGUGUAUUGCAUGAACAAUGAGCCAUUAAGUGGUUUAUUCUGGGUUAGUACACUAUAUUAACAUAGCAAUUAUGAUUUCUUCAGUAAAAUCAGGAGUUGGGACCUAUAUCUUCAACGUGGUGGCCUCCACAAUAUAUAUUUUUUAAUUUGAAUUUAUAUCCCGCCCUUCUCCGAAGACUCAGGGUGGCUUACAUUGUGUUAAGCAAUAGUCUCAUCCAUUUGUAUAUUAUAUACAAAGUCAACUUUUAUUGCCCCCAACAAUCUGGGUCCUCAUUUUACCUACCUUAUAAAGGAUGGAAGGCUGAGUCAACCUUGGGCCUGGUGGGCCUUGAACUUGCAGUAAUUGCAAGCAGCUGCAUUAGUCUGUUGAGCCACCAGAGGCCCCUCUAUGCUUCAUCAUUGUAUGUUUUUAAAGCUUUUUUAAAUUUAUACAGUUAAAUAUAAAGUUAACAUAUUACUAAGCAAUAUGUCAAUCAUAAAAUUCCACAAAGCCUUUUACAACAUCCAUAUAUCCCACAAAAAGUAUUAAAAAUAAAAAUACACAUGAAAGGAAACAAACCAAUGCUACUUGAAUUAUGCUUAACUUGUUUAAAAGACUAACAGAACCAUCCAGAGAGGUUAGUGCUAACCAAUCUAGCCAGGUUGCUUUCUGACAAAUGGGGGAUUAGUUGUAUUCAGACAAACAGAGGACCUUAGUUUUACUGCACUGAGUCAAAUUGCCAGGAUUCACAGAACAUAAUUAAAUAAUUUAAUUCUAUUGUUUGGAUUUCCAAAGCACACUAACUCACAUUUUGACCAUGAGAACCAGUGCUGUUUGGAUAACUAGGUUUGUAAAGAACAGGAUGCUGUACUGCAACUGGGCCAAUGUUAGAUGUUUACUGGAUUGCAUCUCCAAAAUUCAGUUGAUAUCAAUGUACUCCUUUGGAGUAAAUGUUUCCACUCCCUGAUAUUUUGGUACAACUGAAUUUUCGGUAAAGUAACCCUUUAUCUUCAAAAGAUCUGCUGAAUCCUGUUGUAGUUUCAUCUUUCCGAUUACAACCAACUCAAUCCAAAACCUAUCCGAUCCAUCAUGAAUGAUUGGUUCUUGGUUGCAAACAUUUAGCGGAAGCGCUUUAUAAAGCGAACGCGUAUUGUUGUUAGUGGGUCCAAACCUGUUAAAACUUCGCACAACUCCGGUGCGUAAAUUUCCAGCGCACUUUACAAGCGACGUAGUCAGUGCAACUGUUCCUUCAUUAAGAGGGUUUAUUGCUUUUCGCCACUAGUUAAUGAGCAUCAGUUGCAACCGGCACUCCUGGGGCCGAUAAAAGCGAAGGAGGCAGGAAGCCGCCACUUAAACCAAGCUCCCUGUCCCGGCAUGGACCGCUUCGUUUAUCCGCCUUAUAGCGUUUAUCAAAGUUAUGGAACCAGCUUUACCCCAAGCCACAACGUGGCCUCGAGGCUACCGCCCAAGCAGAAGCAGCCGAGCUGGAAGCAAAGCAAGUGCAGCGGCAUCUCUAAUCCCUACCGAGGGAUGCUCACGGCCCCCUCCGCGACUCCUCCGGUGCCUUCGCCGGAUUAUUUGGACACUUACAAGCGAGCGCAACUAAAGGCGCUGCUGUCUCACGUCAGCCCGGGCCUCACCCCGCGGCUCCGUAAAGCCAACACCAAAGAAGUGGGCGUUCAGGUGAACCCGCGGGCGGACGCCGCGGUGCAAUGUUCGCUCGGAUCCCGGCCGCUCCAGGCCGUCCGACCUCAAAGCCCCUCAGGCCGGCUCAGCCGGGAGCCGCCGCUCCCAGGCUUCUACUCGCCCGUGCUCGGUCGCCGCCUCUUCACCUUGCCCGAAGCGGCGGAGAAACCGAAGGCGCACCCUGAAGGGCCGGCUUCGUUUCAGUUCAACCAGGAGUCCGAGGAAAAGGGAACGUCCGUAGAGAAGGGGGAGGACGUUGCCGAAGAGAAGGCGGGAACGGAGGACGAGCUGCCGGGGCACGCCGUCGGAUACUCUGCCCAGCAGCAGGUCGGACAAGGAGGCGAGGCUGAGGAAGGCGGGAGUCGCCUCGACGAAGAGGGCAGAAGAACCACCUUCCAGUUCUUAGAACAGAAAUAUGGCUAUUUCCAUUGCAACGACUGUAAGACCAGAUGGGAAAGUGCCUAUGUAUGGUGCAUUUCUGGAACCAAUAAGGUAUACUUUAAGCAGCUUUGUCGCAAGUGCCAAAAGAGCUUUAAUCCCUAUAAAGUAGAAGCAAUUCAAUGCCAUAUCUGUUCAAAGACUCGUUGCUCCUGUCCCCAGAAAAAAAGGCACAUUGACCUCAAGAGACCCCAUCGGCAAGAGCUAUGUGGCCGCUGUAAAGGCAAAAGAUUAUCUUGCGACAACACCUACAGCUUCAAAUACAUUGUUUGAUCUGUGCAGUUUGUGUGCUGAGGUUGCAUUUAGCUAUGCACUUUGUUUCAUAAUAUGGAUUUGACUUUAGGAUUCUGACCUGGCAAUGGAUAAUGGACUAAAGAUGUUUGUAAUGCUAAGAUAUAUUUGUAAUUUAUCACUGUACUGCCUAAUUAAUAAAACUUAAAUUCUAAUGAAAUUGUAUUUCCCU